CGCCCCGCCCCCGGGGGCAGCCGCGCCGCCUCGCGCCGAGAUCGGUCAGUGCCGCGGCGGGGCCGGCGGCGGCGGAAGGGCAGGAAUUCCAUACAUGGCAAGGAGUCUGCUGUGAGGCCUGGGCAAAAUGGCGAGCCUUCUGCGUUUUGCUGUUAGUGGUUGCUCAACUCCUGUUUUUGGCAAUGUGUUACCACCUAAACUGCAUUCUGCUAAGAUGCCUUAUUUGCAGAUGUUUAGAACCCAGCAGAUGCUCAUGUCUCAGGCAGCUCUAAAGCCAGGUAUUCCUUAUAAACAGCUGACUGUAGGUGUCCCCAAGGAGAUAUUUGAGAAUGAGAAGAGAGUGGCUCUAUCACCAGCUGGAGUUCAGUCCUUGGUUAAACAAGGCUUCAAUGUUGUGGUUGAAUAUGGUGCUGGAGAAGCUUCCAAAUUUUCUGAUGACCAUUACAGACAAGCUGGAGCAAUGAUCCAGGGAACCAAAGAAGUUCUGGCAUCUGAUUUGAUUGUUAAAGUGAGGGCUCCUAUACAUAACUCAGCUCUAGGUGUACAUGAGGCAGAUCUUUUUAAGACGUCGGCUACCCUGAUUAGUUUUAUCUACCCUGCACAAAACCCAGACCUCCUGAAAAAACUUGCAGAAAAAAAAACUACUGUCCUGGCUAUGGAUCAGGUUCCACGGAUCACCAUUGCUCAGGGUUAUGAUGCACUUAGCUCCAUGGCCAACAUUGCUGGUUACAAGGCUGUGGUACUGGCAGCAAAUCACUUUGGUCGAUUUUUCACGGGUCAGAUCACAGCUGCUGGUAAAGUUCCUCCGGCAAAGGUCUUGAUCAUUGGAGGAGGUGUUGCUGGCCUGGCUUCUGCAGGAGCAGCUAAGGCAAUGGGUGCAGUGGUUCGUGGAUUUGAUACUAGAGCUGCAGCUUUGGAACAGUUUAAGUCUCUUGGUGCUGAACCUCUGGAAGUAGACUUAAAGGAAUCUGGAGAGGGACAAGGUGGUUAUGCUAAAGAAAUGUCCAAAGAAUUCAUUGAGGCUGAAAUGAAACUCUUUGCCAAACAGUGCCAAGAUGUUGAUAUUAUUAUCACUACAGCACUUAUUCCAGGCAAAAAAGCUCCUGUCUUGUUUAAGAAAGAUAUGAUUGAAUCAAUGAAGGAAGGUUCAGUAGUUGUGGAUUUAGCUGCAGAAGCAGGGGGAAACAUUGAGACUACAAAGCCUGGAGAAAUGUAUGUUCAUAAGGGUGUUACACACAUUGGCUACACAGACCUGCCUAGCAGAAUGGCUACUCAGGCCAGUACUCUGUAUUCCAAUAAUAUUAUCAAACUCUUAAAGGCUAUUAGUCCUGACAAAGAGAACUUCUAUUUUGAUCCAAAAGAUGAGUUUGAUUAUGGGACUCUGGAUCAUGUUGUUAGAGGAACUGUAGUAAUGAAGGAUGGCAAGGUGAUUUUCCCAGCACCUCCACCAAAUAACAUUCCUCAAGGAGCCCCUGUGAAGCAGAAGACAGUAGCAGAGAUGGAAGCAGACAAAGCAGCUACUGUCACACCUUUUAGAAAGACUAUGACUAGUGCAUCUGCAUACACAGCAGGUUUAGCCACUAUGUUAGGACUGGGCAUUGUAGCUCCCACUACUGCAUUCACACAAAUGGUGACAACAUUUGGUCUAGCUGGAAUAGUGGGGUACCAUACAGUAUGGGGAGUGACUCCUGCUCUUCACUCUCCACUCAUGUCAGUGACUAAUGCUAUCUCAGGACUAACUGCGGUUGGUGGGCUGGUAUUGAUGGGAGGGAACUAUAUCCCUGAAAACACUCCUCAAAGCCUAGCAGUACUUUCAACCUUCAUCUCUUCAGUCAAUAUUGCAGGUGGAUUUCUAGUUACACAGAGAAUGCUGGAUAUGUUCAAACGUCCUACAGAUCCUCCUGAGUACAAUUACUUGUACCUCCUUCCUGGUGGUGUAUUUGUAGGAGGCUAUGCAGCUGCUCUAAGUGGUGGCUACAACAUUGAACAGAUUAUGUAUCUGGGCUCAGGCUUAUGCUGUGUGGGGGCCCUGGCUGGUCUGUCCACUCAAGGAACAGCUCGUCUUGGAAAUGCUUUGGGUAUGAUUGGCGUUGCAGGAGGUUUAGCAGCAACUCUUGGAGGCCUUAAACCCUCACCUGAAUUAUUGGCACAGAUGUCUGGUGCAAUGGCACUUGGUGGUACCAUGGGUCUGACAAUUGCUAAACGCAUCCAGAUUACAGAUCUGCCCCAGCUAGUUGCUGCUUUCCAUAGUUUGGUUGGUUUGGCUGCCGUGCUCACCUGCAUAGCAGAAUACAUAAUUGAAUAUCCUCACUUUGCUACUGAUCCUGCUGCAAACCUCACCAAGAUUGUGGCAUACCUUGGCACGUACAUUGGUGGAGUGACUUUCAGUGGCUCUCUUGUUGCUUAUGGAAAACUGCAAGGUGUUCUGAAUUCUGCACCACUGCUCUUGCCUGGACGACAUGCAUUGAACGCAGGGUUGCUGGCUGCCAGUGCUGGUGGAAUGAUUCCAUAUAUGAUUGAUCCUACUUAUACCACAGGACUUACUUGCUUGGGUUCUGUGUCAGCUCUCUCAGCCAUAAUGGGUGUCACUUUAACUGCAGCUAUUGGAGGUGCUGACAUGCCUGUAGUUAUUACUGUCCUGAACAGUUAUUCUGGAUGGGCAUUGUGUGCUGAGGGCUUUCUACUGAACAACAACUUGCUGACCAUUGUUGGUGCACUCAUUGGCUCCUCUGGUGCUAUCCUCUCUUACAUCAUGUGUGUGGCUAUGAAUCGUUCUCUUGCAAAUGUGAUUUUAGGGGGCUAUGGCACAACAUCAACAGCUGGUGGGAAACCCAUGGAAAUUACUGGAACCCACACAGAAAUCAAUGUGGACAAUGCAGUUGAAAUGAUAAAGGAAUCCAAUAAUAUUAUUAUUACUCCAGGUUAUGGUUUGUGUGCAGCAAAAGCUCAGUAUCCUAUAGCUGACCUGGUGAAGAUGUUGAGAGAACAAGGGAAAAAUGUCAGGUUUGGUAUUCACCCUGUGGCUGGCCGUAUGCCUGGUCAGCUGAACGUGCUCUUGGCAGAAGCUGGUGUUCCUUAUGAUAUUGUCCUGGAAAUGGAUGAGAUCAAUGAAGACUUCCCAGAAACUGACUUGGUCCUUGUUAUUGGUGCAAAUGAUACAGUUAAUUCAGCAGCUCAGGAAGAUCCGAACUCCAUCAUAGCUGGAAUGCCAGUUCUUGAGGUCUGGAAGUCCAAACAGGUCAUUGUAAUGAAGAGAUCUUUGGGAGUUGGUUAUGCAGCGGUGGACAAUCCCAUCUUCUACAAACCAAAUACUGCCAUGUUGUUGGGAGAUGCUAAGAAGACUUGUGAUGCCCUGCAGGCUAAAGUCAGGGAAUCAUAUCAAAGCUAAAUACUAUAUACUGUCUUGUCAGCGAAACUGUUAUUUGGCCAGUUGGACAAAAACCCUAUUAAUUUAAUCAAAGCAUAAAGCAAAAUUUCAAAUAGAUGUAGGCAGAUACAAACAGAUACUUAUGUGGUUUGAGAUAUUAAAUGUUAUGUUCUGUUUAAUCUCUAUAGAAAAACUGAAGUCUUGGGGAUAGUUUGAUCUCUACAGAAAAAUUGAAUGGUUUCUUUUGGGGAUUGUUUGGAUGCCAUGAGUUGGGAACUAUUUGGGGAAGUUACUUUUCUUUAAAAUGCAAUUCCACUUCUGUUUGUAGUGCCUAGUUACAUUAGGUGAAAUGAAACACAUCAUUUCAGGGACCUGCCAAGUGAUCUUCAAGCCUUACAAGGAAAUGUAAAAUUACUUGUGCUGCUUACCUGUUUCAAGCAGCUGCUAAAUUCUCCAUCUUCUCCAGUUGUUUCCUUUUUUAAGUAUUUGAAGAAAAACAUGGUCCAGUUCUGCAUAGGCAGAACCUGAUGGCCUGAUCUGUUCAUAGAAUUUGGACCAUGGUGUUUCAGUUUACAUUCACUUAGACUUUUAACUGCAUUUGCUACUUUAAAAUUUAGUGUUGCUUUCUUAAUUAACAUUUUUAGUGAUGUUGGAAAAGGCACUUCUGAACAUAUUUAAGAUGCUGGAUUUUAUUAGAAUUUUUCUAAAUAAAUCAGCUAUUGUUUGGACAGAACAGAAACAUGCGAAACUAAAAAUCAAGUUUUUUUAUUAUUUGACUUCUUCCUAAUCUAGUUAAAGGCAAUGUUAAAUUCCCAUAACAAGCUCAUCAAAUAAUUAAAUUAUGACAUAGAUUGCUUUUUUUUAUUAUUAUGCUAAGUGUACUUGAGUAGAACUGAAAUAUUUUCAUGUUUAAUAUGUUUAUCAAGUUUCCAUAAUGAUCCAGCAACUGUCCAUGUUAAUGAAGGCUAAAUAGAAAUAUCUGUACUUGUAUUAGAAAGCAUUCAUAUUUGGGGAAUAUAAACAAUUAUGAAACCUUGAAAUUAAUCCAUGUUGAUUGGUAGACGAAACACUUUUUAUGAUACCAUGUAUACAGACCUCAUGUAAGAUACAGUAUUUCUAGUUCGCUACCUCUGUUUUUGUGAAGAUCAUUUUUGAACAGGUAAUACAUUAAGAAAUGUUAACAGUGUAUGAAAGAAGCUACCUUUUUUGCAAGUCUCUUUUACAUAAUUUAAAAUUAAAAAAAAUCAUAUGUUGUAUGCUGCAGGAAAAUUCUUUUGAUCAAAUUUUAAUUUAAAACAUUGCGGCAGCUAUAUUUGGAUGGAGCUUCUUGAUUUUAUUUUAUUCAACUUCAUUUUUACGUCUGCAAAAAAUGGGAGAAGAGGGAAAACAAGGACAUAAUCCUCUAUCUCACUCUCUCCCAACUAAGCAAAAGGGGAUUUGAAGGGAUUUAGCAUCCUGAAACGUUAACUUUUGUCUUGUCAAACUUGAAGUAUUGAACUGCGGUAUGCAACCUGUCUGUACUUAUAAGUAGCUUUUGUAAAACUUGGCUCUACAUUUGUAUUUGGAAAAAACCCCAUACUGUUAGGUUGGAUCAGAAGUACCAGUGUUAUCUCUAAGACUGUGCUUUACCAUGGAAUACCAGGUAAUUGUUGAAGUGCUAAUAAAAUUAUGAUUAUUUUUCUUUA